UCAGAUGAAUCGUCUGCUUCAUUCGGGCCGGCCAGCUUGAUAUGCAGCGUCAGGGCGUGUGUCUGUGGUUUCUGUGGUGAUUUUUAUUUAUGACGAGUGAUUUUCGGCUGCGUCGCUGAGGAGGACAGAAGUAAAAAUGGAGUGUGGUCUUCCACGCUGAAAAGGAAAGCAUUUUCUGUAGGGCAGACGUCCAAAAGUUUCACGGCUUGGAGGGUUCCAACUGGAGAGACCGGUUCCACCUGCUCCUCAUUAAGGUGGGAGGGGCAGUUCUCCAGUUCUCCAAAAGCAUGCCGCUCCUCUGAAUCACACCACGUCUGACAGCUGUCAUGGCGAUGCUUCCCUUUUGGACACCUCAGGCGAAUCCUGACAGGGAUUUUUUUGUGUUGUGCAAGCUCCGUUUUUAAACUCGUCUCAUUUCCUCUAGCCGGUUAAACUGUACCCAACUCAUUGGCUGAUUUAUUAGCUACACCUGCCUAGUCCCAGGUUCGAUUCCCUUUUAGCUGCAGGACAGACUGAAAUCCUCAGUGAAUGGAUCCCUUAUGGAGUUUGCGAUGUGUUCUCCCCCCGCAGCCUUCCUGACUGCUGGUCAUUAACUUCGUAUCGCUCUCAUGAAAAAGCUGCCCUCAGAAUUGCGGUCUGCUGUAUCUGUUUUUAUCAGACCAUUUUUAAACAGACUUUCACACUCUACGGUGUCUAGAGUCUAAAGUCCCAGAAUGGUGGCUGUUUCUAGGAAGUCAGAACCACCUCAUCUGGCAUGUUCAUAAUCUCGCAGAUUAGCCACGUUACCCAUUCUAAAGCUUUGUCGAUCAGAAACCGGGCGCCUCUAUCCAGUUUGCAUGCUCUGUGAGUCACAAUUGCAUGAUUGUCUGUUUGUGAAAAAGCAGUUUGGUUUGUUUCUAUCCGGUGGUGUACGUAAUGUACUGGCCACUGAGUGUAUUAGACGCUCAGUAAGUAACAGACUUUUUAAUAACCACCUGCAUGAUUACUGUCAACUUUGGAGGUUGUUAACUGUCGUCUAUGAAGCAGUGCACGUCUGUGACGCAAAGAGAACACAUUGAAGUAUGAUAAUUCACACACUCAUUUGGUAUCAACCCCAACUCAUUAUGUUUCAACCCCAGCGUAUUGUCAGUCUUGUUUGUUCAUGACAGAUCAAUGCCGGUUCUCGGGAUAGGGAUGGAUUUGCGCAGAGUUGGUCACCUGACAGAAUUUAUAGCCCAAACAGGAUCCCCGUGGCGGGAGGGUUAGGCACCAGUCGUCUGUGAAACACUAUAUUACCUGCUGAUGGAUCGCCUUCCGGUUUCCACUUCUAAAUGCUUCUAGCUGCCAGGCUGUAUUUUCCCCAUUAUAUUCAGGCUAAACCCCCCCCUCCAAAAAAGUCUUUCUUCACCCUUCGAAAUAGAACCAAAAAGAAAGGAUACAACAGUUAGCGCGUAGCUAAGCUGUUUACGAUAAUCGUUAAUCUGAAUUUGCGCACGUGGAAAAAAAUAUAGCGAUAAUCGCAUGAUACCCUGAGCCUUCUUGCACAUUUUGAGAGACAAAGACCCAGGCCUCCGUCGUUUAGGCCUGUUUUACGAUGGCAGGUGCGACCCAGAUCGGUUCCAUACCCUCACAGAUACGUUCCAACUGCUUUAGCUAAACUGAGUUGGCGGUUUGAAUUAGCAUUUCUCUCUCUUGCAAGGACGAUCAUCAGGAAUCUAUUUCAGUUAAUCGUUAGCACAAUACAUAGCAUGACUCGAGGUGAUGAGACAAAAGGAAAAAAGGAAGAAUCAGCUGUCGAUGUCACUACUCCCCACGGACGCCUGCCGGUCUUCUGCUAGCAGCCGGGUCUCCUCCUGCCUUCCAGAAGCAUCUUGCCCACGCGCGUCCCGUCAGCUUGCGGUAGGUGUCCUCCAGUCGGGAGCUGGUGUGUGGCUCAGUGGGUUUUGGGACUCAGAAGGUUGCUGGUUCAAAUCCCAGGGUCAGCAGAAUGAUGUCACCGUCGGGCUGCCGAACAAGACCCUUAACCCCCAAUUGCUACACGGUCUGGCUGACCCUGCUCUCUCAAAUAAUGACAAAGUUCCCAGGCGUUCAGGAAGUCGGACCAGCAACAUUUCCAAGGCGAGCAGCUCCACGACGGGAAUCGGCCCCCACAGCGUCUCCCGCACCUCCGUCACCUCCUCUUCUCAGGAUAUCUGCAGCUUCAGGGUACUCCCAGCGCUGGAGGAGGAUGUCCCCAAGUUGCACACACCUGAGGGGACUCCGGGCCACAAGGGGGCGCCUCGCACUGGGAGGCCGGCUAAGAGGAGGCACAGGAGGAAGAGGCAGUUCUGCCGAGCCUGCGAGCGCCCAAUCAGGCCGCGGGGAGUCGAUGGGGCCUCCAGGAGCUGCAAGGAGCAGCCCGGGCAUUGUAACAUCUGCCAUCGGGAGUCGGACUCUUCCUUAGAGGAGGAGGAAGAGGAGAAGCGGAGGCAGGAGAGGAGCUGGGUCUGGAGCCGGGGGAGGGCCAGGGGGCGCAGCAAAGAGAGGAGCACAGAGGGGGAAGGCGCCGAUCUGGCCUCUGCGAGCCCCAAAUCAGCAGGGAGCCAGGAACGAGCCCCCCAGGGUGGCCUGAAGAAGAGAUGUGGACUCUCAGCCAGCAGGGAGGAGCAGCAGCCACAGGGGGAGGCAUCAGGCGGCAGGGCCGCGUACAGGAGCCCCCCCGAGGGAGGCCACAUCUGCAGGGUCUACGGGGAGCUGGACUCCGGGACUGAGGACCAAGCCGAUGCCUCGGCCAGGAUCUCAGGUGGUCCAGCACAGUACACAGACGACGAUGCGGAGGUGUGCAGGAUCUGCCACUGCGAGGGCGAUGAGGACUGCCCCCUGAUCACGCCGUGCCGCUGCACGGGCAGCUUGCGCUUCGUACACCCCGACUGCCUGCACCAGUGGAUCAAGAGCUCUGACACGCGCUGUUGCGAGCUCUGCAAGUAUGACUUCAUCAUGGAGACCCAGCUGAAGCCGCUGCGCAAGUGGGAAAAGCUUCAGAUGUCCACCCGUGAGAGGCGCCAGAUCUUCUGCUCGGUCAGCUUCCACAUCAUAGCAGUCAUCUGUGUCGUGUGGUCUCUCUAUGUGCUAAUCGACAGGACGGCCGAGGAGAUCAAACAGGGCAGAGAUAAUGGUGUGUUGGAGUGGCCCUUCUGGACUAAACUUAUCGUGGUGGCAAUCGGAUUCACCGGGGGCCUUAUCUUCAUGUACAUCCAGUGUAAGGUGUACCUUCAGCUGUGGAGGAGACUCAAGGCGUAUAACCGGAUCAUCUUUGUCCAGAACUGUCCGGACACUGUCAAAAAGGGAGAAGAGAAGAUGCUGCCCCCAAGCCAAGCAAAUGGCAAACAUGACUCUGUAGAGGUCCCGGUGCCCCAGACAGACACAAACUCUUACUGGCCAGUAGGGGGCGCCACCGUUCCAGACGUAGCGCCCGUCUGAAUGCUUACAGCGGAUCUCUUGUGAAAUAUCCAUCCCAGCCCACCCCCCCCCAUUCCCACUUCAUUUCUGAGACCUAAAGUUUUGAAGGCAAGAACAAAUUUAGGCUCUGUGGAAAACUUCAGAUGGCAGUCAUCAUGGUGACGGUUUUUAAGGCCAGUCGUCAGAAUGAAAGGAACUUAAUGAUGUUUAACAAAGGCAGAAAUGGACGCCUGAUCAGGCCACCUGUUAGCCGUAAGCACAAAGGACCUCUUACUUGGGGUGUCAGAAAAAUAGCCCGUUGUACGAGUUAUUUGCAAUUUUAUACUAAAAAUUACAGUUGGUGCAGAAAUUGAUUGUAAUGGCAUAUAUAAUCACGUUAAAAGAAUCUUUAUAGUUCGAUAUAUUUUUUAUCAAAUUACCAUCAUUAGGAAACGAUGUUUUAAAUCCUAAUUUAACCAGCAGGGGGCUGAUUUUAACAGAGCUAACACCCCCAGUCGAGGUCCAAUUUAUGAUUUAACUGUCUCAGUUUUUCAUCUGUUAGGUAUCUGAGCAUCUCCAUAACAAACAUGAAUGUGCAUCCAAGCGUGGUGACGUCUGUGCUGUUUUGUCGUUCGGAAGGAUGGGUUUCAGCCCUCGGAUCAGCGCGGGGCCCCUGGGUUCUGCUACCGCCGGACACCUGGCGCUGGUGCCCAAUAGGGAUUGGAGCAUGAGCUUCGAGGGGAGGGGAGGGGUGGGGGGCAAGGUGGCCAAACAGGUUCACACUGGCCACAUGUAGCAUGUAGCUUGUAUUGUAAAUAACUUAAAUCACAUAAUAAAAUAUUAACGUUGAAGCACAGAGACCAUUUAUUCCAUUGGGAUCGUGGUCAUGAUUGACUGAUUUGACCUCGGACCAGGUAUGGGGGGGGGGGGUUCAACAUGCACAUGGAAACAAGUGAGUUAAUUGGGAGCCCCAACAUUUUGACCCGCCUACCCCAUGGGCACGGGGCUGGGGGAGGGGGUAGGUAGUCACAGGCUUGGUAGAGGCUGAUGGCUACUAGCUGAUGCCAGGCAUGAUCACAGUUCAUGUGACUCAUAGGACACGAGGUGGUCAGAGUACUCAGACAUUCCUGCUUACACGCAUUUGAGUUUUGGCAAUAAAGUCUACAAGUAUGCAAGUACUCGUGCCAGGGUUGUCAGGCUUCUGAUCUCGCCUCCUGUUCCUCAAGCCGGCCAGCUAAUAUCAGCUGAACAUGCAGCAGUUAUACAAUGUUAUUCUGUUUUCUAACAUUUCUUCUAAUUGCUUCUGGGUCUCGGGACUCUACCCGAAAACCUUGUAUUACCAGGUAGAGCCGAUACUCUUCGUUAAGCCACUUAAUGAACAAAUGGUUUGCACUUCUUUCGUUAAGGUAUAAGAUUUUCCAGAAUGUACCAAACAGGAAUGACAAGAUAUCAAUAACGUUACAUGUGAACUACGCCAGUUACAACAUGGUUACCCAUUCAUCACGUAUUAACGUUGGCUACCCCAACUCUGGUCGUAUGUGUAUAUAUAUAUGUAAACUAAAAUGGUGAAAUAAAUGUACGUACACAACAGAA